AAGCGAGGCGCGGCGGCAGUCCUCGCAGCAGGGCCGACCGGUCAAAAGCACUGCUGCUCCACACCACCCCCACCAUCCCUUUCCCCAACCCCCGAAGCCGAGCCAGCGAACCACCCCGCCCGCAGCCGCAAGCAAGCAGCCAAGCAGUGUGAACUGACCGUCCGUUCCGUCCAGCCCACCAUGGAGGCGCCGCCGGUACCGGAGCUCAUGGAUCUGGACGCGCCCCCUCCCGCCGCAGCCGACGCCGCAGCCGCGGCGCCGGUUCCCCCCGCCGUCAGCGACAAGAAGAAGGAAGGGGAAGGGGGAGACACUGUUACGGGUCACAUCAUCUCCACCACCAUCGGUGGGAAGAACGGCGAGCCGAAGCGGACCAUCAGUUACAUGGCAGAACGUGUCGUGGGUACGGGCUCAUUUGGGAUCGUCUUCCAGGCUAAGUGUUUGGAGACUGGAGAGACCUUCGCCAUUAAGAAGGUGCUGCAGGAUCGGCGUUACAAGAACCGGGAGCUGCAACUUAUGCGUGCCAUGGAGCACCCCAACGUCAUCUGCCUGAAGCACUGCUUCUUCUCAACAACGAGCAGGGACGAGUUGUUUCUAAACCUUGUCAUGGAAUUUGUCCCCGAGACCCUGUACCGUGUCCUGAAGCACUACAGCAACGCGAACCAGAGGAUGCCUCUUAUCUACGUCAAGCUCUACAUGUAUCAGCUUUUCAGAGGCCUAGCCUAUAUUCAUAAUGUACCAGGAGUCUGCCAUAGGGAUGUAAAGCCACAAAACGUUUUGGUUGAUCCUCUCACCCACCAGGUCAAGCUCUGUGACUUUGGUAGCGCAAAAGUCCUGAUUCCUGGUGAACCGAACAUAUCUUACAUAUGCUCUCGUUAUUAUCGUGCUCCAGAGCUCAUAUUUGGAGCGACGGAGUAUACAACUUCAAUAGACAUAUGGUCAGCUGGCUGUGUUCUAGCUGAGUUGCUUCUUGGUCAGCCACUGUUUCCGGGAGAGAGUGCUGUUGAUCAGUUGGUAGAGAUUAUCAAGGUUCUUGGUACUCCAACCCGUGAGGAGAUACGAUGCAUGAAUCCCAACUAUACUGAGUUCAGGUUUCCUCAGAUAAAGGCUCAUCCGUGGCACAAGAUUUUCCACAAGAGAAUGCCUCCGGAAGCCAUUGACCUUGCUUCCCGUCUCCUUCAGUAUUCGCCAAGUCUUCGCUGCUCUGCUCUUGAUGCAUGCGCUCAUCCCUUCUUUGAUGAGCUCCGGGCGCCGAAUGCACGUCUACCAAACGGCCGUCCAUUCCCUCCGCUCUUUAACUUCAAACAUGAGCUAGCAAAUGCCUCCCCGGACCUCAUCAACAGGCUUGUACCGGAGCAGAUUAGACGGCAGAACGGUGUCAACUUUGGGCAUACCGGGAGCUAGGAGGGCAGGCGGCUGCCAUGGUCAAGUUUUUGGUCUUGGUACCCCAUGUGCAGGGCCGAUUGCAGGUGACGGUGAUAUUGCUGCACCAUCUGGAGAGGAGGGGCUCAGCAGUACCUGAGAGAGCUGAAACUAUGUAAAUUAUCUGACCGCGAAGGAGUACGGCCAGUGUUAAGCCAGUAAACUGGCGCAUGUUGGUCCAGAGUAGUUAAGAAUGUAGCAGGUGGAGACUGGUAAAUGCCUAGGGUCGUUUUUAGUUGUUGUUACUAGUAUUUUGUAAUGUAAUGUUCGUCGGUACUUCCCAGCAGUAGUGUAGCUGCUCAUGUUUUGUUCGCCCGUCAUGAUGUAAAUGAUCAUCACCCAACUGGAACCCCUGUUAUCUCGUU